AUGGUGUUGUGGUGUUGUGCGGUACCUUACGGUGCUGUGGUAGAAGACGAGUUGGGGCGCCUGGAAGCGGAGGUACGUGGGGAAGCCAAACACGUGGAUGGGCCCCUCAAAGCCCUUCACGCCCUGCAGGCGGGCAUCUCUCUGCAUGUGCAUGCCUCUCUGCAUGUGCAUGCCUCUCUGCAUGUGCAUGCCUCUCUGCAUGUGCACGCCUCUCUGCAUGUGCAUGCCUCUCUGCAAGUGCAAGCCUCUCUGCAUGUGCAUGCCUCUCUGCAUGUGCACGCCUCUCUGCAUGUGCAUGCCUCUCUGCAUGUGCAAGUCUCUCUGCAUGUGCAUGCCUCUCUGCAUGUGCAAGUCUCUCUGCAUGUGCAAGCCUCUCUGCAUGUGCAAGUCUCUCUGCAUGUGCAUGCCUCUCUGCAUGUGCAAGUCUCUCUGCAUGUGCAUGCCUCUCUGCAUGUGCACGCCUCUCUGCAUGUGCACGCCUCUCUGCACGUGCAUGCCUCUCUGCAUGUGCAAGCCUCUCUGAGUGUGCAAACGGCAUCCCCCCAUCACACAGAAACCUCCCUGCCCACCGCCGCGCCGCACCGAUUGUGUCAUGCCGAUGUUGUUGAUAGGGCCGCCCUUGUCGCGGGUGGUCAUGCCGACGCCGUGGUGGGCGAAGGGGAAGUGGGAGAGGUCCACCACAUUCUCCACCAGAACCUCAUACCCGUACGCCAGGCGCCGCGUGUAGUGCGGCAGCACCUCGUACUCGUCCCACUCCACCCCGUGCGGCAGCGGCAGUGGCGUCGCCUCCGCCUGCUCUGCCGAAUGCUCAUUUGGCCACACGAACAGCACCCCCUGGGGUGGGCGGGGGGAAGUGGGGGCAAGGGAGGGGGAGUAACGGGCGCGCAGCGGGGAGAGUGGGGGCGAUUGGCUGGGUGGACUGUUGAGAAGCGACGGACAAGCCGAUGCGCCCCUGUGGGCAUUGGGAGGGGAGGGGAGGCACAGUUGUCUCUCACCACUGCCCCUCCUCCCCUCGCCCCUAACCCACUUGCUCUGCGGACACGCACAGGCAAGCCGAGCAGCCGAGCAGCCGCCCGCUUUGCCCUUCUCCUUGCCAUCUCGCCACUCUCAUGCCCUUCUCCUUGCUCGGACUACCCCAGCAUGAUGCCUUCAGGCUCCAGCUCUCGCUCCCGUGACACGUGCGGCACUCACGUGGAACUCCCUCACGGGGAAGGCAGUGGCGCAUGCGCGCGGGGAGCACACGGCGCGGGGGGGCUGGCCGGGGUGCUCCGGGGCGGCCUGCGGGAUGAGCUCGCACGCGCCGCUGCCUGCAAACGCCCACCCGUGGUGCGAUGGGAACAGGUGCGAUGCGAACAGGUGCGAUGCGAACAGGUGCGAUGGGAACAGGUGCGAUGGGAACAGGUGCGAUGGGAACAGGUGCGAUGGGAACAGGUGCGAUGGGAACAGGUGCGAUGGGAACAGGUGCGAUGGGAACAGGUGCGAUGGGAACAGGUGCGAUGGGAACAGGUGCGAUGGGAACAGGUGCGAUGGGAACAGGUGCGAUGGGAACAGGUGCGAUGGGAACAGGUGCGAUGGGAACAGGUGCGAUGGGAACAGGUGCGAUGGGAACAGGUGCGAUGGGAACAGGUGCGAUGGGAACAGGUGCGAUGGGAACAGGUGCGAUGGGAACAGGUGCGAUGGGAACAGGUGCGAUGGGAACAGGUGCGAUGGGAACAGGUGCGAUGGGAACAGGUGCGAUGGGAACAGGUGCGAUGGGAACAGGUGCGAUGGGAACAGGUGCGAUGGGAACAGGUGCGAUGGGAACAGGUGCGAUGGGAACAGGUGCGAUGGGAACAGGUGCGAUGGGAACAGGUGCGAUGGGAACAGGUGCGAUGGGAACAGGUGCGAUGGGAACAGGUGCGAUGGGAACAGGUGCGAUGGGAACAGGUGCGAUGGGAACAGGUGCGAUGGGAACAGGUGCGAUGGGAACAGGUUGCGAUGGGAACAGGUGCGAUGGGAACAGGUGCGAUGGGAACAGGUGCGAUGGGAACAGGUGCGAUGGGAACAGGUGCGAUGGGAACAGGUGCGAUGGGAACAGGUGCGAUGGGAACAGGUGCGAUGGGAACAGGUGCGAUGGGAACAGGUGCGAUGGGAACAGGUGCGAUGGGAACAGGUGCGAUGGGAACAGGUGCGAUGGGAACAGGUGCGAUGGGAACAGGUGCGAUGGGAACAGGUGCGAUGGAACAGGUGCGAUGGGAACAGGUGCGAUGGGAACAGGUGCGAUGGGAACAGGUGCGAUGGGAACAGGUGCGAUGGGAACAGGUGCGAUGGGAACAGGUGCGAUGGGAACAGGUGCGAUGGGAACAGGUGCGAUGGGAACAGGUGCGAUGGGAACAGGUGCGAUGGGAACAGGUGCGAUGGGAACAGGUGCGAUGGGAACAGUGCGAUGGGAACAGGUGCGAUGGGAACAGGUGCGGUGCGAUGGAACAGGUUGCGAUGGAACAGGUGCGAUGGGAACAGGUGCGAUGGGAACAGGUGCGAUGGGAACAGGUGCGAUGGGAACAGGUGCGAUGGGAACAGGUGCGAUGGGAACAGGUGCGAUGGGAACAGGUGCGAUGGGAACAGGUGCGAUGGGAACAGGUGCGAUGGGAACAGGUGCGAUGGGAACAGGUGCGAUGGGAACAGGUGCGAUGGGAACAGGUGCGAUGGGAACAGGUGCGAUGGGAACAGGUGCGAUGGGAACAGGUGCGAUGGGAACAGGUGCGAUGGGAACAGGUGCGAUGGGAAACAGGUGCGAUGGGAAACAGGUGCGAUGGGAAACAGGUGCGAUGGGAACAGGUGCGAUGGGAACAGGUGCGAUGGGAACAGGUGCGAUGGGAACAGGUGCGAUGGGAACAGGUGCGAUGGGAACAGGUGCGAUGGGAACAGGUGCGAUGGGAACAGGUGCGAUGGGAACAGGUGCGAUGGGAACAGGUGCGAUGGGAACAGGUGCGAUGGGAACAGGUGCGAUGGGAACAGGUGCGAUGGGAACAGGUGCGAUGGGAACAGGUGCGAUGGGAACAGGUGCGAUGGGAACAGGUGCGAUGGGAACAGGUGCGAUGGGAACAGGUGCGAUGGGAACAGGUGCGAUGGGAACAGGUGCGAUGGGAACAGGUGCGAUGGGAACAGGUGCGAUGGGAACAGGUGCGAUGGGAACAGGUGCGAUGGGAACAGGUGCGAUGGGAACAGGUGCGAUGGGAACAGGUGCGAUGGGAACAGGUGCGAUGGGAACAGGUGUGA